CAAAUGCAAUGCCACUACCCCCUCCUCCUCUGCCUAACCCACUACGCAUCCAACGGAUUGGGCUUUGGGGCUGGAAACAUUCCUGGUUUGACGAUCAGGCUACGAGCCGCUGCUAUGAUUUGCUGAGCAAUUCGAUACUGGUUUCACGGAUGUGUCUGUGGAAAAAGACAGUUGUAGUGAAAGGCAGAGCGAGCAGGGAAAGGAACGAGAGGUAUACAUAGAGUGCGUAACUUUCCUAGAGUAGCGUCCGGAAUAUAAGAUAAACCUUUUUCGCUUGUUUGCAUUUGCAUUAAGCCGGGGCAUUUCCAGUCACUUCAGUUUUGAAGUACUCACACAGCGAAUUCGGUUUUUCUUUUUCUCCACCAAUUGCUCUGCACUUUGCGCCCGUGUCUAAUGGAGGGCCCAGUUCGGAUUUUCUGCCAUAAGAAUGCGCUUUUCUGCUAGUUUAUCCAGAUUCCAGCAAUUUAUACCCUCCUGCAAAAGGCUUGGUGUGUCUACAGACGGGGUGUACUCCUGUGCAGCUGGCGGAGGUGAAGGGGCAUCAUGGCCGGCGGGUGCCUGAGGGUGCUGCCCGCAGUGCUCUGUCUCAGCCAGGCCCUGUUCAUCAGCUGCGCUUACUCUUCGUCCCUGUCCUUCCUCUCUGAGCCUGUGUCGGUGGUGCAGAAGCAGGGCGGUGAGGUGCAGCUGCUCUGCUCGGUGAGGCCUGCCUCUGCCCGUCUGUGGUGGCUCUUCAGGGGGCAGCCGCUUGAGCAGGGCGCCCUAAAAGGUGUGGAGCUUCAGCCCGGCUCCCUCGCCAUUCCCUCUCUGCAGCCUGAGUAUCAGGGCUCCUACCAGUGUCUGGCCCAAUCUGAAGCAGGGGUCAUCAUCAGCCGCUAUGCGCAUGUGGAAAUAGCAGACAUCGAGGAGUUUGGCGAAAGUCAGCGGCGGUCUUUGCCGGUGACAACAGGCAGCACAGCCCUGAUUGAGUGCCAGCUACCCUCGAGCAACCCCCCAGCCCUGCCACGCUACCGUGUCAAAGGGAGGUGGCUGGAGGAAUCCACUGAUGAGUAUUUACUCCUACCAUCUGGAAAUCUUCAGAUUGUCAGUGUUACCCCUGAGCAUCAGGGCAUGUAUAAGUGUGGUGCCUACAACCCCGUCACCAGGGAAACCAGGGCUGAGGCUCAUGGUACUAAAGUGGUAGUGAAAGAUGAAGCUGCUCCUGUAAUGAUCAUCUAUCCCACUACCCCCCUAAACCUGUCUGUGGAACAGUCCAAGUCCCUCACCUUGGAAUGUGUCCUGUCUGGGAAUCCAUCAUCUGCUGUCAAGUGGACCCAGGAUGGGAAGGAGGUGUCACUGGGUUCAAGGAGAAGAGUCUUACAUAGAAACCUGGUGCUGACUGACAUGAUGUCUGCUGACAGUGGGGCUUACCGCUGCACAGUGCAGACUAACAGAGGCACGAUGGCCAGUGCCAACUAUACUGUGAAUGUGCUUGAGCCUUCAUCACUAGUUGCUGGAUUGACUGACAAGGUGUCACCUCUCAACUCUUCUGUGCAAUUUACCUGUCAAGUGAAGGGAAAUCCUACCCCCAACGUCACCUGGCUUUUCAACUCUAACCCAAUCAGCCGCUCACCCCACCUCCAGAUGUCUGGCUCUUCUCUCAUCAUCUCCUCAUUGCUACAACAGGAUCAGGGCAUGUACCAGUGCCUGCUGGACAAUGGGAUUGGCUCGGUGCAGUCUAGCGGCAGACUCACUGUCCAAUCAGGUCCCAAUUCGCCGCCUGUCAUCCUGACUGCUCCCAUGAGCACCACAGUUGUGGAGGGUGGUGCCAUGACUCUUAACUGUAACGCCAGUGGUCAGCCCCUACCCGUCAUCCGCUGGCAUAACGCCGCUGGACCCAUUGCCAUGGACCCUGCCCUUCUGCUCCUGCCACAGCCGGCCCCGGCCAGAGCCCCUGGCGACGGUCCUCCCCAUCUCGUCUGGUCCAGACCGGGGAGCAGCACACUCUACAUCCAGGCGGUCUCCACAGCCCACGCUGGGAAGUACUUCUGUGAAGCCUCCAACCAGCAGGGCUCGGUACAGGCAGAGGCCACGCUGACUGUAGAUCCUCAGCCAAGCACGUUGGGGAUGCCAGGGGAGACCCUACCCUCCAUCCACCCUUUUCAGAGUGACGAGGGAGAUGAGCUGUUCUUAUCGCUUGACAAGGAGGGACUCGGUGACCCCAUGGGCCAGCCCACGGAGAGAACAAGCGACCGGCCCACUCCUGAAGCACCGGUCAUCAUCAGCCCUCCGCAGACUCACAGGCCUGACAUCUACGACCUGGAGUGGAAGGCUGUCAGAGACGCAGAAAUCCCUAUCAAUGCGUACUUUGUCAAAUACCGUAAGGUGAACGAGAUGGGAAAUGUAGUGGGCAGCUGGCACACAGUGCGGGUGCCUGGCAGUGAGAACACGCUGCGUCUGAAUGACCUGGAGGCCACCAGCCUGUACGAGGUGCUGAUGGUGGCGCGCAGCACCGUGGGGGACGGGCAGCCCGCCAUGCUCACCUUCCGAACGGGGAAGGAAAGAAUCUCACCCGCCAACAAGAUUCCAUCCAAAUCUCCGGCCGUCUCUGUACCUGAGAAAACUCCGGAGGAUAAAAAUAGCAACACACACUAUGGUGUGGUUAUUCCAGACAGAGCUGUCCCCGAGGCUCCUGAUAGGCCUACUAUCUCGAUGGCAACUGAGAGUUCAGCAUAUGUAACUUGGAUUCCACGGGCCAAUGGCGGCUCUCCUAUCACAGCAUUCCGUGUCGAAUAUCGCAAGCAGGGGCGGAGUGGAGAGUGGAUGGUUGCUGCUGAUAAUAUCUCACCUUUAAAACUGUCAGUGGAGGUUCGCAAUCUAGAACCAGGUUCCACAUACCGGUUCCGUGUGAUCGCCAUGAACAUGUUUGGGGACAGCCCUCACAGCGCCACCUCCAGGCCUUACCAGGUGUCUGCAGUCGGUCCUCCCAUCUCAAACCGCCCUGUAAAUGGGCCACAUAUCUCCAACACUGACGCAGUCAGUGACACUCAGAUCAUGCUGCGCUGGACUUACACACCAUCCAGUAACAACAACACCCCCAUCCAGGGCUUAUACAUCUACUACAGGCCCACGGACAGUGACAACGACAGUGACUACAAGAGAGAUACAGUGGAAGGCAACAAGCACUGGCACCUGAUUGGCCAGCUUCAGGCAGAGACCUCUUAUGACAUCAAGAUGCAGUGCUUUAAUGAUGGAGGGGAGAGUGAAUUCAGUAACGUCAUGAUCUGUGAAACCAAAGCACGCCAGCCCCCGGGCCUUCCCAGCCAGCACCCCAUUACUCCACCUGAGCCCGAUCCCCCAGAACCCCCUGCUUCUGCUGGUGGACUCCUGUCGGUGAUCGUGGGCUGUGUGCUCGGCGUGAUGGUGCUCAUCCUUCUGGCGUUCAUUGCCAUGUGUCUGUGGAGGAACCGUCAGCAGAACAGCAUGCACAAGUACGAUCCACCUGGCUACCUGUACCAACCAGCGGAGAUGAAUGGACACGUGCUGGAGUACGCCGCCCUGUCCGGUUCCAGUCGCAUCAAUGGUUACAGUCACAGCACCCCCAUGCUAUCGCAGGGCUGCCACCACUUGCACCACAAGGUGCCCAAUGGCUUGGCAUUGCUCAAUGGCACUGGUGGUCUGUACCCCACCAACCACUCCCACCCCAGGGAUACCGCCUUGCCGCACGGCACCAUGGACUACGAGCACUCCCAUCCCCAUCACCUGCACAAUGGAGGAGCCAUAUAUACAACGUUGCCCCAGGCUGACGCUUCUGACUGCAUGAGCUGCCAGAAUUUCUGCAACAACAACAGGUGCUACACAAAAACCAAUGGCACUUUCCCCGGUGGCACCCUCCCACUAAUGCACCGCGUGGCACCGUGCCAGACGGACGGUCUUGAGAUGGUUCCCUUAAGCCACGUCUCGCCACAGUGCUACGUGAACUCUGGCAGUCCCCAGCUCCCGCCCCACGCCCGCAACGACAGGCCUUACCACCUGGAGGACGACCAGGGCAACACUCUGCCCCCUCCCCAGAGCUCCCCAGGGGAGCAGGAGCCCAGCUCUGUGGAGGAGAGAGAUGAGGAGCCCCAGAUGGAGGAGACUGAGGAGCCAGUGGUGUGCUGGGAGAGUCUGGCGGAUUUGGACUGUAAGGAGAAAGUAUCCUUCAUCUCCUCCAGCUCUCUAAAUGGAGACCUCAUCCAGUCUGGUGUGCAAGAGGUCUGAACACAAACAUGCGUACGCGGGGAAAAAGAGGAGAGGACCCGGGAGAAGACAAGAGGAGGAAUGGAGGACAGAGGAAAGCACUAGCAUGAUCAGCGACUUUGUGGGACACUAAGGACACUACAGAAACUGCUCCCUGAGCUGGAAAAGAGAGAGUGCGUGAUGUUGUCUGUGUGUGUGUGUGUGUGUGUGUGUGUGUCUGUGUGUGUGUGUUCGUAUGUGUGUGUGUGUUUGUGUGUGUGUAUGUGAGAGAGAGAGAGAGAGAGAGAGAGAGAGAAGAGAAAAGAGUGAAAAGAGAGGAGCAAAACAGUACGCUGAAGAAGUGACACAGAACUGAAACUACUACUCCAUUGGGAGGUCUAUCAGAAAAAAAGAAGAAAAAGCUUAGAUUACUUAUUUAUUUUUUGUAGUAGUGAUAUAAUAUUUCAUAUGAAUGUAUCUGUUUUUAAAAUGUUCAUCUUUUAUAUUAUUUAUGUUUUUUUGUUGAUAAGAUAAUUUUUAUUCUUUUGUUUCAUUUGUGUUCCACAGUUGGUGGAUUUUAGCCAUUGUAUGUGUAAAAUUUUGUAUUACAAGGAGAUGAUAUGGACAAGUCUGAA